UUUAUUUUAAUUGGUCAAGUCAUUCCAGAGUUAUAGUCGUUGACGCCCCUCAACCUCCACAUUGUCACCAUGUCCUUACAAUUAGAAUUUUUUCCAACAAUAUAAAAUAUUUUUUAAAUUUCUUUUUCUUUCUUUAUUUUCUCCAUUUAAUAAACUUAUUUUUAAACCAAAGAAUUUAAAUUUAAAUAGAAAAUUUAAAUUUUUUUUCUUCUUAAUUUGGAUAAAAUUUUGCCUCUUUUUGGUUGAGCUUUCUUUUUUUUCCGUCUCUUUUAUUUCCGUUUAGAGAGGGAGGAGAGAGUAUAUUAUUUAAGCGCAUCUCUUUUGUUUGUUUGGCUAUUCAAUCCGGAAUUUUCUUUUCUCUUUUGUUCUUUAUGUAAACUUGAAAUGAAUGAAGCUUUUGAUUGCGUGUUUGGCUUAAAUUUGGAGGGACAAAAGAGGGGGAAAAUAAAUAAAAACCCCUACUACAUUUUUAUUCGAAGCUUGUUAGCUUCUACUGGAAGCGGACAAAUUCAACUUUGGCAGUUUCUAUUAGAAUUAUUAAUUGAGCCCUUAUGUUCAGAAAUAAUUUUGUGGGAAGGCGAACAAGGAGAAUUUAAAUUAUUAGAACCAGACGAAGUUGCAAGACGUUGGGGUGAAAGAAAAUCUAAACCACACAUGAAUUAUGAUAAAAUGUCGAGAGCUCUUCGUUACUAUUAUGACAAACAAAUAAUGACUAAAGUGCAUGGGAAGAGAUAUGCCUAUAAAUUUGAUUUUCCAGGCAUUGUAGCUUCAAUGCAACCCCAAACAUCCUCAUUACAUCAUCACCACCACCACCACCAACAUUCUUCACUAAUUUGUCAAAAUUCGGCAGCAGUAAUGUCCUCAAUAACAAAUAAUUGUAACAACAACAACAAUACUUCAUCCACCUCUUCAGCAGUUUCUGCUGCCGGCGAACUUUUUAGUCAAGCUUCUCGUUUAAGUAUGAAUGGGAAUAGUGUAGCGAAUAUGGCGGCAGAUACUUUUAUGCAACAAGCGGCGGCUUAUAGAUUUAUGAGUAAUCCUGCAGCGGUUUUACAGCCUCAUGCCACUCGAUUUCUCAACUCAGCUGUAGCUUCCUCCUAUUCCACUCAAUUUCCAACAACUUGGCUUUGUCCAAACUUCCAAUAUGAUUACACAAACAAUUCAAGUCUAAAAUGUUCUACUCUCUCUGCACGUCAGGAAAAUGCGUCUAGUACUGCUCGAUUUUUCUAGAGAGAAGAAAGGAAUUUUUAAAAUGAUUUUUUUUAAAAUGAUCUCUCUUUUGUACCAGAAAGUUACCUCAAAGCAUCUGCUUUUUUCCCUUAAGGGUAGUUAGUGUCGUUUAGAGCACCCUUUUCUCCUUCACACUGGCUACGAGUUCCAAAACAAAUUUCUUUCGAACUGUCAAUGAGUAAAAAAAUUCAGAAAAAACUCCGGGAGGCAUCGACCCUUCGAUUUCCUGGGACAGUUAUUGCUAAGUGCUUCCGGCUCCACGUAGCUCAGUCAACAGCUACUGACGAGCUACGUGGUGACGUAGCGUAGCUGACUGAGCUACGUGGCUCAGGCAGCAAUGCACCUGCUCUUUCACCUCUCUUUUGUACCACCACCUUGAUAAUCUUUUUAACUCCCUUCUUCUUCCUUCCACCAAUCUAUACUCUUCAUUUCUCGAAGCCUGAUCUCUCUAAAAAAAGUUUUUCCUCUCCAAAAAGUUGAUCUCAAAUUCUAUUGUAAAAAUAAUAAUUGUAAAAUAAAUGCUUAAAUAAUAUUUUAAUUGAUUUUAUUGUAUUUUUUACCAAUUUAAAUCGAUGGAGGAGAUUGUUUAUUUGCCUUUAACGUAUUUAUUGUUGCAGCUGUUUAGAAUCUUUUUUUGGAUUUUAGGGGGUAUUUUUAGUCUAUUUUUUUGUUUCUGGUUCUCUUUCAAUCCUCCAAAACGUCUUGAAAUUUUUACAAUUUUCUAUGUUUUUAAAAAAAAUUUUUUA